AUGGUGACCACAUCUUCUCUACCCUGAGUUCCCUAAAGCGGUAUCUCAGUAAAAUGGAGAACCCAGCCCUUCCCCGGGAGCAGGAGGAGUUUGCCAGAGUCCACUUUUCUGCCUUUCUCAGAUGUCUUGUUGGCAAGCUGAGCCCAGACUGGCUUGAGCUGCUGCCUGGUGGCCAGUUGGAGGAGCUGUGGGCUAGCUUCUUCCUGGAGGGCCCUGCUGAUCAAGCCUUCUUGGUACUGAUGGAGGCCAUUGAGGGCACUGCCAGCCCCAGCUUCCGUCUGAUGAAGAUGGCGCAGCUGCUGGCCCGGUUCCUGAGGGAGGGCAGGAUGGCCGCUGUGAUGGAGGGGCAGUGUUGGCAGCAGACAGAGUUGGCCUUCCCCCCGCUCCAGGAGGCACUCCUCAGCAAGGUGGUGGGCUUGCCCGACCGCCUAGGCAACUGUCUGCAGCAUGAGAACCUGUCGGAGUUCUUCCCUCAGAACUACUUCCUUCUGCUCGGUGAGGAGGUCGUGCAGGUGCUGCAGGCAAUUGUCGACUCUCUCCGAGGUGGCUUGGACUGCUCUGUCUCUUUCGUGUCUCAGGUCCUUGGGAAAGCCUGUGUCCAUGGGAGGCAGAAGGAGAUCCUGGGUGUGCUGGUGCCCCGGCUGACAGCACUCACCCAGAGCAGCUGCCUCUGGCAGCGGGUCUGCUGGCGCCUGGUGGAACGCGUGCCUGACCGGGCCAUGGAGGCUGUGCUGACGGGGCUCGUGGAAACUGCCUCCAGGCCUGAAGUCCUCUCUAGACUGUUGGGGAACUUGGUGAUGAAGAAUAAGAAGGCCCAGUUUGUGAUGACCCAGAAGCUUCUGUUCCUACAGUAUGGAUACACGACGCCUGUGCUGCAGAGCCUGCUAGGGUACCUGGCCAUGGACAGCCAACGGCGCCCACUCCUCAUACAGGCGCUGAAGGAGCUCCUGGAGAUGUGGGGCAGCAGCAGCGCGGUCCGCCACACACCCCUGCCACAGCAGCGCUACAUCAGUAAGGCUGUCCUCAUCUGCCUAGCACACCUGGGGGAUGAAGAGCUCCAGGACAGCCGGGACGAGUUGUUGGCCAGCCUGAUGGCAGGAGUGAAAUGCCGCCUGGACAGCAGCCUGCCUGCUGUGCGCCGCCUGGGCAUGAUCGUGGCCGAAGUGGCCAGUGCCCGGAUCCACCCUGAGGGGCCUCCCCUGAAGUUCCAGUAUGAAGAGGACGAGUUGAGCCGUGAGAUGCUGGCGUUGGCCACCCUCCAGCCUGUGGCUGACAGCCCCUCAGAGGCAAGCCCAUCUGUCACUCCAGUUGCUACAGAGGCCCCUGACAAAGAAAAUGUGGAUGAUGGUGUCCCCCAGGCGCAGCCAGAGGGUUCUGACUCUGAGCUUGACAGUGAUGAUGAGUUUGUCCCCUAUGACAUGUCGGGGGACCGAGAGCUGAAGAGCAGCAAGGCACCCAUGUACGUCCGGGACUGCGUGGAAGCCCUGACCACGUCUGAGGACUGGGAGCGCUGGGAGGCAGCCUUGCGGGCCCUCGAGGGGCUGGUCUUCAGGAAUCCGGCUGCCACUCGGGAGGUGAGCGUGGAGCUGGCCAAGGUGCUCCUGCACCUGGAGGAGAAGACGAGUGUGGUGGGAUUUGAGGGGCUGCGCCAGAGAGCCCUGGUGGCCGUCACAGUUACAGACCCUGCCCGAGUAGCGGAGUAUCUGACCUCACAGUUCUAUGCUGUCAACUACAGCCUCCGGCAGCGCAUGGACAUCCUGGACGUCCUGACUCUGGCUGCCCAGGAGCUGUCUCGUCCCGGGCGCCUUGGGAGGACCCCCCAGCGCAGCUCCCUGGACCCCACCUCCCAGUCUGGCUGCACUGUGACUCCCACCUGGCGGGCAGUGGUGGACGAGCGGGUCAGAAGCAAGACCCGGCACUUUUCGAAGGGCUCUCCCAGGCGGGGACCAGCUGGCAGCCCCAAUGAAUUCAACUCGGUGGCUGGCUACUUCUUCUUCCCCCUUAUUCAGCGUUUUGACAGGCCUCUAGUGACCUUUGACCUUCUGGGAGAUGACCAAUUGGUUCUUGGGAGACUGGCCCACACCUUAGGGGUCCUGAUGUACCUGGCUGUGAACACCACGGUGGCUGUGUCCAUGGGCAAGACCCUGCUUGAGUUCGUGUGGGCCCUUCGCUUCCAUGGUGAUGCCUACGUGCGCCGGGGCUUGCUGUCCGCUGUCUCCUCCGUCCUCCUCAGUGUCCCAGCUGAGCGACUGCUGGCAGACUUGCCAGACGAGCUGCUGGAAGCCCGGUCAUGGCUGGCAGAUGUGGCUGAGAAGGACCCAGAUGAAGACUGUAGGAUGCUGGCCGUGAAGGCACUGCUGCUCCUGGAGAAACUCAAAGACAAGCUUCUUCCACUAUCUUCUUAGUCCCCUGGCACUAUUUCUAGUGCCAGGGGAAGAAGGCCAGGGGCGCCAAGUGCAAGGCCGAGCCAGGCCAACGUAUGGGCUUUGUGGUGCGGCCGCUCGUGGGGUAGGCCGUCCAUGCGGUAUUGAGCGUGCAAGCUGGAAGGCCCCCGCCUCUCAGCUGUUUAUAGCCCAGCAGGUCUGAGUGCUCACCUAAAAGUCCACUCCAGGGCCUCUGAGUACUGCCCCCAAUGGAUGGAGCACCUGAAUGCUGGGGAGGGGCGAACCCAAGGAAGGAUCCCAGGGAGGGACAUGGGGCAGGCUUUGCAGGCAGCUGGAGGGGAGGAGCGAGAGGGUGCUGCUGCUCAGGGCCUGGAUGUUCUCCCAUGGGAGCCGCCAAGAUGGGCAGAGUGGUGGGCUCCUGGGCCCGUGGGCUUCUUAGCAUCAUGUCCUUACCUAAAGGCAGGUGAUGUUAUAAAACAAAAAGAAGAAUAAAAAGGAGCUAUAGGUGUGCAA